AUGGCAUCUGUCACACAGCAGGCCUCUGGCCCCCUGACAGGUGAAGCAGAUGGACCCAGCAGCUCUCCCAGGCACUUCAUCAAGAAGAAGCUUCCUGCCUUUGCACCGGAGAUAAAGCAGCUGCUGGUGGACAGGGAGCAAACCACGUUACAGAUCUGGGACACAGCUGGGCAGGAGAGAUACCAGAGCAUCACCCAGUGCUACUUCCACAAAGCCCACGGUGUGCUGCUCCUCUACAACAUCAGCUCCCCAAGCAGCUUCCUCAGCUUCUGCCAGUGGAUUGAGGACAUCAAGGCCACAGAGAGGCCGCUGCCACUCAUGCUGGUGGGGAACAAGACAGACCUGCGGCGCAGCCUGCCAGAGGCAGCGGGGGUCCGCACAGCCCACAGGCAGCAACUGGCCAUGGCCCACGGCUCCCUGUUCUGUGAGACCAGCGCCAAGGACAGCACCAAUGUGGUGGAGGUGGUGCUGCACCUUGCCCAGUGA